UCCGGGAGAGAAUGGGCGGGCAGAGAAUUCUGUGGGUUUGGCGGGUUUCUCUGGCUUCCUAAGUAUUUGAUCAUCCCGUAGACAAGGGAGCAAGACACCACAGGACUCGGUGAAUCCGUCACAGCCGAAACACACUGUUACCAGCUCCCCGAUGGCCAUGCCCACGGAUUUUAAAACUUAUGUAGAUCAGGCAUGCAAAGCUGCUGAGGAAUUUGUCAAUAUUUACUAUGAGACAAUGGACAAAAGAAGACGGGUGAGUGUUAUAGACUACUACUCUUUAUUAAAUACCAGUUCUUUCUUUUUUUUUUUUUUUCUUGUGGUGACCAGUGGAACUGUGAAGUUUGAUGGAAACAGACAACACUACUUCAACCAGAACUUCCUGCUGACUGCUCAGUCUACUGCUAACAAUACCGUGUGGAAGAUUGCAAGCGACUGCUUCCGUUUUCAAGAUUGGGCUAGUAGUUAAAGGGGGCAAAAGUCCAUUAUCUUUUGGUCCAUUAGUUCCAGCAGUAGAAACUUAUAAGAAGUAAUUCAUUGCAUUGUAGAAGCAAUAAAAACUAGUAUGUGCUGAAACUAAAUUUCUUUAAUAUUUUUUAUUCCUAGCAGCACCUUUUCUAGCAGCUGCCAGUUUAGAUCAUUGCCCUUAAGAGCUUUAAUGUUAGUUUUCUACAUGCCUUAUAUACGUUUCACUAAUGAAAUUCUUACAGUAACAUUAAACCCAUGGUCUCUGUACUAAUAUACUCACUGUGAGCCCAGUGUAUUGCAAAAAUUAAAUCCUUUUAUAGUACUGUCUAUGGGAUAUCAGCACAAUGUAACUCUCUGGGAGGAAGUGGAGUGAUUUUUGUUAUUAGGCUAAUUUUGUAGUACAACAUGUACCUAUUUUUGGUAAACACUGGUAAUGCAGUUUA